AUGUCUACGCUGAAGCACGUUAUCCUGCAGGAGAAGGACGAGGACAUCGACAAGAAGCUGGACUGGAGUUACAUCGAGUGGGCCGAGAAUGAGGUGGUCGCCGCAGGUGUGGCGGACGCCCAGACCCAGACGGACUCGGGGUCCGUUGAGCACAAGGAGAGUCAGACCAGCAGCCCGGUCAUCAUGCACAUCGACCUCACGAGGACGAACUCCAAGCUCAGACAUCUGUCUCUGGUGGACGGCGAAAGCUUGGUGCCGCCUUUCUUCCAGUUCGACCGCCAGGCUCCCGGGCGCAUCUCCACGUCGCCCACCCUGAGGAGGAUGAGGAGCACGAGGCGUCCCCUGGGCGACUCCAGGGAUCCCUCCAGGAUGGGCAGCACCCAGGAGGAGCCUUCGUCCGGGAGCCCCCUGUCCCCCGCCCAUAGGGUCAAAUCCCCUCUAGCGCCAAGCCCCCUCUCCGACGGAGAGAUCUGUCACGAGAUCUGUUCGUCCUCGGGUCGACAGAGAACCAGAUCGCACAGAUCAAAGACUUUUGACAACGGUAUCACUUCCACGAGGCAGGAAUGCCGCAGUGCCCUCGUUGCCCCCGCUAAAGAGUUUGGAUUUCCUGACAGUGAAGUGCAGGAGAAGGAGCACGGUCAUAAUAGCCACAUAUCUUCGGCAGGUGCUGCUCCCGACUGCUAUCUGCUGUCGAUUCAGCGCCUAUACAUCGAUCUGGAGGUGGUGGAGACGAGGGUGGUGGGGGGGGUUGUAUCGGUUUACCAGGGAGAGCUCCAUGAAAGGAGGCGGAGCUCCGUGGUGGUCAGCUUGCCAGGAUUGGAUGUUUCGCCCGGAGACCUUUUUACUAAAGGGAAGUCGCAGACAGGCACAGUGUCGGAUAUUGAAAAGUACCUUUCAACAGCACAGAUUCAAGGCUGGAGAAACUCUGAGCUUCAGAAAUACAAGGACUACUCUGUGGCUGAGUUCCUGCGGGACCAGUCGUCCCAGGUGAGCGCUCCCACUGACCCUCAGGGCUGCAAAAGACAAGAGGCCAUCUGGGAACUCCUCACCAGCGAGUGCGUUUACUUCCUGGAUCAGCUCAUGGUUCUCAAAGAGGUGUUUUUGGCCACGCUUACAAACCUGCAGCUGAGGAACUGCCUCACCGAUGUGGACUCGUGGAGGCUGUUUGCAAACCUCAACGAGCUCUGCCUGGUGAGCUUUGGUUUCCUGAACAACCUCCUCCGCGUCAUCAGGGACACGCUGGAGAUCGCCGAGGGUGGCGGGCCCACCCUGCUGGAGCUGCUGGGCAAGGCGUUCCAGGAGAGCAUAUGCCACUGCCUGCAGAAGUACUGCCUCAACUACUCCACGGCUCUGCUUUAUCUGGACUCCCUGAAGUCCAGGGAGGACUUUGGAUCGUACGUGAAGUGGUGCGAGAGGAACGAACAAUGCCGGCGGCUGCAACUGCGCGACCUGUUGGUGGCGCCAUUGCAGAGGUUAACUCGGUACCCUCUGUUGCUGCGGAACAUCGCGAAGAGAUGUCAGCUGGAUGAAGAAAGCCGAGGCCUGCAGGCUAUAGCGGAGCAAGUGGACACUUCGAUAUGUGAUUUGGAGGGAAAGGUGAAAUGGCUGGAUAACUACCAGAAGGUGAAGCAGCUGAGAGAUGCUCUGGUGUGGCUGCCUGUUUGGGAGAGAGACAAGCGAGCCUUUGUCCCCGAGAAUCUGAAGCAUCUCCUGAAGGCCGUCACCCUGGAGAAUCUGAUUUCUCACAGAAGUCUGCUGCACGAAGGGAAGCUGGUGCUCACAGAGAAUACAAAGCUGAUCGAUGUGUAUCUGUUCCUGUUCGACGAAUUCCUGCUGAUCACAAAGAUAAAGAGGAACAAGAAGAGGUCCAUCGGUCCAGACCAGAACCCUCUGAGGCUGCCACAGAACCUGGAGCUGGAUCAGCUGCUGAAGGAGGGAUGCACCUUCACGGUCAUCGACCAGCCCGUCUCUCUGGACCGACUCCAGCUGAAGAACAUUGAUCAACUAAAUGCAUCCACAUCGGGUUUGCCUCAUUCAUUCAUAAUAAUGCACCAGAACCGCUACCAGCAGUGCAUCGGUGCGUUCAUCCUGCAAGCUGCGUCAGAGUCGGCCAAGAGAGCGUGGAUGUCAAAGAUAGAGGGCGCAGUGACGACGCUGCUGAAGCUGGACUCUCAGCAGCCGCGAGUCAAGAGCUCCUCACUGUGGCUGGAGUCGUCACAGAUCUGAGCCGUCCAACAGCACUAGAAGCCAUUUGAAAUGUUUCUACUGUCAAUGUGCACUUCACUGUACCCUCGAGUCUUGUAAAUGUCUGCACUAGCACUAGGAUUGUUUUUGUAAACUCGACGCCUUCGAAGGCAGCUGCUGCAGUAGUGUACAAUAAAUAUGUGAUUAUGUAGUUAA